AAACUCUCUGCAACCGUGAAGAGUGGCAAAAUGGGUUAAUAAUUAAUUUGUCUGCCCGCGCGCGCGACGGAUCGUGCUAUUCUGAAGGUAUCGUGUACAAGCACAGAUGCCGCCGAAGCCACUACGACGGGAGAAGCACUUGGGAUGUUCAUCCCGGAAAGACUGUGCACAACCAGUUGGGAUCACAGCUGGAUCGCACAUUUGUGUUGACUAUCUGCUAAUAAUGCGAGCAGCGUGUGCCUAUGUCAUCCUCAACGAUGAUGCGGGUUGUGUCGUUGACAUGGACAUAACUUGGGCAUAAUAAUUACGGGCUGUAAUACCUAACGGACCGGGUUUGCUGGGCUGCUUGCAUACCGCACCGUAACAUCGCCGCUGCCUCCGGCCGUCAGAAUGGCCAUAUGGACGGUCAAACGUCACACGUCCGCCGCUAAAACUAUCGUGUUCCGGAUAUACGCGGGGAUCCUUGUGGUCUACUUAUUGACGUUCUUCGUGUACAUAGUCGCUAAUCUUGGAGGGAUCGAGAUUGGAGAUGAAAAUGCAAGGAUCGCAGGGAGGAAGCGAGUAGCAAGGGAGGCAACGGAGCCGGAGGAGGCAAUGAACGAAACAGUGUCGACUUUGUUAAUGCCCACCGAGCAAUCACCGGACACGCUGCCGAACUGCAGCCGGCCUUCUGUCGAGAACUUCCCCGAGGGAGUCUUCAGUCUGGAGGCGCUUCGGCAUGGCGCUCUCGCUGUUGAUCUUAUCGUAGUCGUCUACAUGUUCGGCGCCCUUGCCAUUGUGUGUGACAGCUAUUUUAUGCCUGCUCUUGAAAUAAUAUGCUCAGUACUUCAUUUGUCUGAGGAUGUCGCUGGGGCAACCUUCAUGGCGAUAGGCGGCUCCGCCCCUGAACUUUUUACCUCCAUAGUCGGUGUAUUUAUCAGCAAAGGCGACAUCGGGAUAGGCACCAUCCUGGGCUCUGCUGUGUUUAAUGUCCUGUUUGUAAUUGGUCUGUGUGGACUCCUAGCUGGUAAGUCGAUCUAUCUGUCGUGCUGGCCCCUGACACGUGACUCCUCCUGUUACAUCCUGUCUAUCCUAGCACUCGUCUUCGUGGUCAGCGAUGGCUUGGUCACGUGGGCGGAGUCUGCGGCUAUGCUUGUACUGUACUGCCUGUAUAUCACAUUGAUGUACUUCAACCCACGCACGGAGAGGUACGUGGACCGUAGCAUGGCCAAGUGUCGGUGCCGACGGCUGGUGAUGGGCGAGGCCAGGCGGGUAGAUGGGGAGGGGCGUGGGGACUUCACGGAACUAGAAAAUCUGAUGGAAGAGGGGGAGGAGUCAGAGGAAGAGGAAGAGGAGGAGGUGAUUCAUAUGGUCAAUGGCAAUGGUAACAUCGGACGCGCUAAUACAGAUAAAACAGAGACGGUUAAGCCAAAGCAGGAGGAAUCGCCCGUCAAACACGAAGAGGAUCCGAAAUCACCCUUGGAAGUCCCGAAAGGAUGCCUUCAAGUUUUCAGCUGGGUUUUGACGCUGCCGGCCCUGCUGCUGUUCUAUGUCACAAUCCCCGACUGCCGCAAGAAGGCGUGGGCCAGGUGGUAUCCGCUAACGUUCCUUAUUGCUCUAUUGUGGAUAGGUGGAUUGACCUACCUCCUGGUGUGGAUGGUAACAGUCGUUGGUUUUACCUUGCGAAUACCAGACACCGUGAUGGGACUGACGCUGCUAGCAGCAGGCUCUAGCGUACCAGACCUCAUACUGAGCGUCAUAGCCGCUAGAGAGGGUUACGGGGACAUGGCAAUUUCGCACUCGAUAGGGAGCAACCUUUUUGAUAUCCUUCUUGGCCUGGGGCUUCCUUGGUUCCUAAACUCCGUGGCAGUCAUGUCCGGAAAACCCUUAGCAAUCCACAGUACUGGGGUCAUCUACAUCACAGCUCUGUUGCUAGGGAACGUGGUUGUCAUGGUGCUCCUCAUCCGGCUCAGUGGAUUUCUGCUCAACAAGAAGCUUGGAUUCGUGCUCGUCUUGUUGUAUGUGGCCUUCUUGGUUCUAUCCAUAUUUCUCGAGAUGGGCGCUGUCUUGGGAGUGGGCGAACUGCCCGUCUGCGGCAUGUGAACUCUUAAUCGUGCACAUGGUUGUGAUUAAAGUCUAGUUUCCAUAUCGACGUAAGAAACGCAGAGAGCAACGCAAACAGGACCCAAACUGCAACGCUGACAUUAUGGAAACAUUUCAUCCGGAAAUGUCAUCGACAACUUGAACCCAGACAUAUACGUAAACUAUCUCGCAGAGGCGGCAAAGUUGGACCCAGUUCAACUUUGCCGACUGUUCCGCGCACUGUCUGUGCAGUCUGCGUAGUCUGCGUAAGCUGAACGUCGAUAUGGAACCAGGCUUAAUGUUUUGCUCUGCAAAAAGAAAAUGCAAAACUUUAAAAUUGACACUCUUGCCUAAACCGUUAUUUUGGACCUUUGUUUAAGUAGUGCCACCUUAAUCAGAGACGUCAGUCGUAUUGUAGCCUGCUGUUCCGCGACAAUUGUGCACCUGCAGUGCCGAAAAUUAUGUGCAAGUACGGGCUUAUAUUUCACGCCUGGUGAUCGACCCACAAUGUUGGACAUUUAAACCAGGAAUCUUUUGGAGAGAAUAAACAAUGAAAGAAGUGUCAGUUUUAGGACAAAUCUGGUUUAUGUUUUUGAUGGAAAUCCUUCAAUCUGAAGAGUGACAAACUUGCCCGCGUGGGCAGAUUCCUUGGAGACGCGGCAGAUUCCUUGGGCAGAUUGGCAGAUGGGCAGAUUCCUUGCAGAUUGGUAGUAGCACAUUGACGAGUUUCACGAAAAUCAACAGAGAGCCGCUCAUUAGCAACACACAUCUUUGACAUUUUGUGUAAUGUUUGUUCUUCGCAUUUUCUGUUUUUUCGUAACUGCAAAAAAAUAAACCUGCCAUAAUAAACCAUCUCCUGCCCCCUAUUUGUUCAUAUCCACCAACCAUAUCUGCCAAAUCACUUUGUCGAACUUGAAAAAGGCGUUUUCUUCCCUUAGUUUUUUUUGUCUCGAUAUGUUUGUUCAAAUA